AUGUUUGAAUCAUUACCAACCUAAAGCCACCACAUCGACCACGGUGUAUAAAACAAGACGAGCGCCAUGGCGCUUCAUCCUGUUGAUGAAGACCUUAUUCCAAUGCUGAACCACAGCACUCAUGGGCCCGAACUCCUGGCCCAGCUUAACGCCGAGGAGAGCAUCAACCGCCUGCCUCUUCUCUUGGUCCUCUCCAUCUUGUCGUUUGUUGGAAUUUUCGCUAACGCGCACGUUCUGUAUGUGUUUGGAACCAAAAUCAAGCGGUCCACCUACCGCGUGUUUGUUCUGGGUCUUGGAUGUAUUGACAUGCUUGGCUGUACUGUUUCCAUACCUUUCCAGAUUAUCGACGAGACCCACCCCUAUACCUUUUUUGAUGCAAUCUCCUGCAAGAUUUUUAGGUUUUUUGAUACCAAUCUAGCCAUUGCGGCAGCUUUGAUGCUUGUGGUGAUUGCUUCCGAAAGAUUUCGGAAAAUAUGUCGUCCAAAUGGACUGCAAGUUACAGAAAAGAGAGCCAUUCGUUCCAUUAUUGUGGUUAUCAUUGGAUCGUCCAUAGCGACUUCCCCUGCCUUGCUUAUUUAUGGCCGCCAUACUGUUUUCAUAGAAUCCAAGUACGUGAACGGAACUGAAUGUUCAUGGACAGAUGAGGCGUCAGAAACCUAUUACGGUUAUGUGUAUUAUGCCGUUGAACUUUUUAUAAUAAUUUCUUGUAUGGUUAGCUUAACUAUUCUUUACUCUUUUGUCGGGAAAGCGUUAAGAGCACACAACCAACGCAUGCGAUCAACCAGGAUUGUUAAAUUCCAUGCAAAACAAUCUACAAAGGAAUCGCAAAAUUAUCCAGAGGAUCUGAAACUUCAACAAAGAGGGUCCAUUGAAUCAAUAAAGACAGACCGGGAUUCGGGCGUUGACUCGCCGAUCCCUGCUUCCAGCGAUUCCCAAGAAUCGGUGGAGAUAGAAAUUCAGUUUGAGGUUUCGGACGAUAGAAAAUUAUCAAAUUAUAAUGAAGAUGACAGUGUGUUUACAAACCCAAGAGAAAACAAUAGGAACAAUAUUGAAAGUACUUCGAGUACUUGUCAGUUGUGUGAGUGCAAUGACUCUCUUCAACAGUCGUCAUCGAUCAGGCGCAUCUUCACUAAAGUAGUUCAAGUACCGGAAGCAUUAAAAGGGAUAAUAUUGAACAGAAGAGGAACUUCCGAGGAGUCUUGUGCUAUUCCGGAUAUCAUUGUCACCGACUGUAAAAACAAUGUUACACGUAUCUUGGGCAAAGGGCAAAGCAAUCGAACAGAGGAAAGAAACAUGACAUCAACCGGCAACAACGACUCGAAACUUCACGUAGAUGUCGAUCCUAAAAACUCAAAGGACAAAACAUCUUCAAACAAAUCAAUGAAAAAGUUCAAGAAACCGCUGACGAAAAUUUUCAGAAAGAGAAAGAAAUCUAAGGAAGCAGAAAGCAUACGCGAAAGACGCAUUACUAAACUUCUGUUCUUCAUAACCUUGACCUUUAUCGUGACUUAUUACCCCUAUAUCAUUGUUCUCGUGAUUUACUCCAUCAAGCCAGAGUUCAAGGAUAACUUGACUGAGGAAGGUCGCGUUUUCUACUUGAUGGCCCUCAGACUUUAUCUCAUCAAUAAUGUCAUGAAUGCCUUCUUCUACGGAAUGGGGAGAAAAGUAGCAGUGGUCACCGGCGCUAAUAGAGGACUCGGUCUAGAACUCGUCAAACAGUUAUGUUCGGAGUUUGACGGGGAUGUCAUCCUGACGUCACGUAUGACGGAUAAAGGUCAGGCUGCUCUAGAGAAUCUGAAACUCGAGGGCCUUCGUCCUCGAUUCCACGAGCUGGAUAUCACCCAAGCUGCCAGCAUACGUAUGUUUGAGGACUUCAUUAAGUCGGAAUAUGGUGGCAUAGAUAUCCUCAUCAACAACGCCGCAGUCACCUACAAGAAAGGUGAACUAGUUCCAUUAUUUCGACAAGCACAAUUGUCCAUAGAGACCGAUUUCAAAGGAACCGUUAACGUCUGCAGAAUUCUACUUCCUCAUAUGCGUCCUCAUGGCCGCAUCGUUAUCCUUACAAAUGGAUACAUUGGAAAAAGGAAAGAACUGGGAGAAAAAUUGCAACAAGAACUGGACAUUGAAAAAGCAGAUCUCUAUAAACUUAUUACUCUUACAGACGAAUACAUGAAAGCGGUGAAGUUUGGGAACCACAAGAGUUAUGGCUGGCCCGACUCCCCGAGUGUGACUGCUAAGAUAUUUCUGACGGCAUUAGCUCGGGUGUUGACCAGAGAACUGGCCGGGGAUGUCCGACGAAACAUUUUAAUCAACGCAUGCUGUCCAGGAUGGAUGACAUCACAGGGCAGCGCCAUCUACAUGGACGAUGAUGGUACUUGUCAAGGUGUAAAACCAAAAUCUGUGGAGGAAGCGGCUAAAGAUGUCGUCUGGUUGGCCACACUUCCCGCGGGAACCAAGUCGCCAAACGGUCAACUCGUCCGCUACAGAUCAACCAUACCUUUUGAAUGACGAGAGUCAUAUAGUGUCAUAUUAAACUGUGAUAUUUCGUGAUCUUAGUGAAUCUAACGGUUAAUUUUCUCAGGAUUAGUGUGCCCUUUUAGGGUCAAACCAUACUUGAUAUAUGACGGAAGUUGAUAUUUUGUAUUUGUAUCAACGGCGAAAUGCAGUGCAUUUACUAAUUACUAAAACAACAAACUAUCGAUAGUAGAUCAUUAAUGUUCAAACGAUUCAGAGUAGAGAAUGGGAAAUGAAAAUGAAUCGCAUUUUAUAUUGUUGAUUAUGAUUUAUUUAUCCUGUUAUAUUUUAGUACUAAUUAUAAAGUACUCUUUACACAAUUAAACUUUAGUUUUCCCAA